GCAAACGGGACGUCAAGGUCCCUACUGUGUUCAUAAGCUGGUAGACUAUCCAAAACGUGACGCUUCUAUCAGGGGAUUGGUUCAGUGCCAUGUCAGUACAUGCGCCCACCCUCCGAGUGUUUGAGAUUGAGUUGGAAGUGUUUGAGACACUAGGCUAGACACCAAGACAUAGGGGGUGGGGAGGCACCUGAUAAUCGUCAUUGACACACACCGCAGGCGAAGCGACAUCCGCGACUGGAGAGGCAGAAGUCAUUUAGCCAACUGACAACUUGCGCGGCGAUGGAAGAGGAAAUACUGCCGGCAGACGACGGUCUCUCGGCUCCUAAGAUCUGCCGCCAGCAACGCAGUCUAUACAGCGCGCUCAAGACGUUCCCGAACAAGCGGGCAGCUGGCAAGGCGAGGUAUGACAGACCCACAAUGGUGGAUAUCCCGCAUCUCGGAGACGGCGGAGGGCAGCAUCCCCAUACGUCUUUCAAUCACCAUAAUCAGUAUUUACAUCAGCAGCAGCGCCUGCAGUUUCAACAAGCCACAGUCACCAUCAGCAGCAGCCAGCAGCAGCAGCAUCAGCUGCCCCAGACAUCAUAUCGUUUUCCCUGCGAAAACAGGCCCAGCAGCAGCAGCGUCGCGACAACUACCUCAGCAUCAGCAGGGAGCGGUACGGCAGCAGCAUCUCUUGGCAGCCAGCGGAGGAUCGGCGGCGGCGGUGGCAGCGUUGGAGCAGGGUUGCGCCCCGACUCCAGACACCCGGGGCGAGCCGAGCUGUGCCACGAGUCUCCAGACUGCAGUUAUGGAAUAAGCAACGAGAAUCGCCUCAUUCUGGACGCAUUUGCCCAGCAGUGCAGUCGCGUGCUCAGCCUCCUGAACAAUAAUGGCCGCUUCAUGGAGCCCCACACUCCCCUGCCUGUGCCCACCUCCUCCCACAUCAAGCAGGAGGACCAGGAGCGGCCGGGCACCGGGCCCUCUCCUAUGGCCAAGCCCCGGCCCGACGAGGGUUCUGCUCCGGACCCAGCGGACCAGGGGGCCCAGCGCGCGGGCCCGUGGAGCCAGCAGCAGACCUCCACCUUCCUGCGCAUCUUCACCGAGUCCCUGCAGAACUACCUGCUCACCGGGCCGCCGGAGGGGGAGCGCUGCCGGCCGGCCCACGCGGAGCCCGCGGCGCCCGCUUCCCCCAGACACAACAUGGGCGGCUGGGCCUCGCCGUCUCCGUCCGAGUCCUACGGCCACCCGUCGUCCACCCUGCCCGAGGAAGAGGAGGAGGAGGAAGGCUGCUGUCCGCGCUGCAUCGAGCUUGAGCAGGAGGUGCUGUGCCUGCAGCAGGAGAACGAAGAGCUGCGCAACAAACUGGAGAGUGUGCCAGCCCCCUGUCAGAGUGUGCUGGACUUCUUUAAAGCUGUGCUGCAGCAUCACAACCAGUUUCUCCAGCCUCCCAUUGAUGAACAGAUGACAGAGGGUAGCAAACAGCUGUUGGGGAACUACCCGCUCUUCAUCACCAACAAGCAGUGGGACGAGGCAGUGAACUCUUCCAAAAAAGAUGGCCGACGCUUGCUCCGCUAUCUAAUCCGCUAUGUCUUCACCACGGACGAGCUCAAGUACUCCUGCGGGCUGGGCAAGAGGAAGCGCUCCGUCCAGUCGGGUGAGAUCGGCCCCGAGAGACGCCCUCUGAACCCGGUCAAGGUCACCUGUCUCAGAGAGUUCAUCCGAAUGCACUGUGCUUCCAACCCCGACUGGUGGAUGCCCUCCGAAGAGCAGAUCAACAAAGUGUUCAGUGACGCGGUGGGUCACGCUCGUCAGGGACGGGCGGUGGGCACUUUCCUGGCCAACGGUGGUUGUGGUGGAGGAGGAGGUGGAGGGGGCGGUGGCAGUGGAAGUAGCAGCAGCAGUAGCAGCCUCUACAUGGAGGGCUUUGACGGCCAGCUGUCCCAAGAUGAGCUCUUCCUGAAGCCCCCACAGAAUGGACUAGGUGACUAAGCCAUUUAGUUUGACUGACCUCAAAACUUUCUUUAAAAGACAAACCCACGCAGUGCAGACGCAAGGCCCAGCCACGCUCUGUGAGCUGUUGAACUGACAAUAGUAUUAUUGAAAAACAGGCGCCAAAUACAGCGCGUAAAUGGCUCCCCCUUUGUGCCAAGAAGAGACUUCUUCCAACCUGUGAACAUUCCAGUCCUCAACAUCCUGAAACCUCUACCGUCCAUUUUUAAUGUGUGUGUGUUUUUGCUCGUUUCCAUCCUGGGACCUGGCCUUGCACAGCUCUGAUGUUACAUGGCUGGUUCGCCUCACAAUUGCACCCAGAGUAGUAGGAUUUCUUAAAAUCCUUGUUUUGUAUUUGAGGUUUUAUUAUCGAUACUAUAGUAUUACUGCAAUAGCCGUUUGCAUUCCUACUUAUGAAAUGCCUUUGUAAUGUAAAGUUUUUUAUUACUCAGGAUAUAUGUUGAUAUUUUUGCCUCAUUGCUAUAUCUGCCAUGCCAUAAACUGUGGUUCUGAAUGUACUGGAAUAUACUGUUCAAGUAAGUUAUUUGAAAAAAAAGGAAAAUAAUCCACGCAUUAGUGCAAAAUAAUCGUUAACAGAUUGUUAUGGUGCUAUGUCAAAUCUGAUGUUUAAUUUACUUAAAUAACUUUAAAUGAUAUAAUGCAUUUGCUACUCUGCCAGAGCAGAGAAAAAAGUGCCAUGUUGUAUCUGAACUUGUUGAAUACAUGCACACAACGCCAAGUCUGUAUGUAGAAGAGUUACUGUACCUAUAUUUCCUUCAUGGGUUUCUAUUGACCUGGUUUGUGACAUCUGUGUGACAUUUUCAUGUCUCUUAAAGACCAAAAUAGCACUUUCGUUUAACAUUUACAUGAUGACAGUCCCUUGGGACUUGCAAGGCAUUACUGCUUGAACUGUGUUUUUACAUUUGCACUGUAUGUACAAAUGUGCACUAAGGGUUGGACCUGUGUCGAUGGAAAUCUCUGUUAUGAAGCACUGCCAUGCGAAUUGAAGGCCUGUGUGACAACUUAACCCUUGCUAAUAACAGACAUCUUUCCAACAGCAUGUUAUGUCUGCUUAUCCUUAUCACCUUGUCCUGCUGAACUCAAGAAAUGGUUUUAGUAAAAAGCCUCAAGCACUAAGGCUUAUGUCAUUGUGCUGUACCAUGUUGUGACUGUGAACUUGUAGCCACCAUUGCUCUCUACCAAUUAAUCUUUUCCUCUCUGAGUUACCCUGUCAACACUGAAAUUGACAGACUAACAGAAUUCUAAUUACGUACUUGUGAUAUCUUUUUUCAGUAGCUUCUUUGUCAGUUAAAAUAGUUUACUGACGAAAAAAAAAAAUAGCUAAACAGGUGUCCUUUAUGCAGAGGGAUUUAACUGGGACCGUGCUGUAUCUUCUUAAAAAGAGAUAUUAAAAGUGACUUCAGUCUGGAA